AUGACUGGUUACAAGGAAGAAGCUCAAUCAAACUUUAGUACAAUUGAUCAAAUCACUAACCAAUUUGAUCGGGUUCGUCUGGUGAUCAAGCAGGUGGAGGAUAGUAUCAAGGCACCAGUGUUGGAGCAAUUGGAGCAUGCUAGACCAACGAUCAAUUUCUUGAUGAACGAGAUCACACAUCUCUUGGCCACAAUACACUCUUCACCUCAAUCAAAGGACACUUAUAUACCAAUUGACGAUAUAUGUGGUAUGAGACGAUUGGUCGACUCAAUUGACGAAUGUGGAUCGAUUGAAACAUACAUCACUCAGGAUUUCCCAAAGAAGGACAUUGCCGACGCCACCCAGCCUGACCCCUGGCCUCUGAUCUUCGAACAUGUUCGAGACCCCAGCAUGCUGCAUAAGGAGCACGAGCCUCCCAAGCCACACAUUUGUCUCCAAGUCGAUGAAGGACGGUUGUCUGCCUUCAAAAUGAAAAUCAAGGGACUGAUCAGCUCAUGCUUUCAUACACACCAUCAGAGCAGCGAGGAAGUAGUGUUCGCCUCGUCAACAUCAACAACUGGCUCACAAGAGUCAUCUGGAUGUGCAUCACCAUCUUCUUCACAUGGCAACAUUAAGGUCUCACCGGCAAUGGUGAAGGACGCCCCAGCAUCGUCAUUCUCGUUGUCAUCACCAUCUCCAUUACCUGACAUUGCCUGCGAGGCUAUCUAUUCAUAUCUGCCAACAGUUGGCACGCCUAGUUUAGUUGGACCCUCAUUGGAGAAGGUGCUACCAACAGUGGUGGAUAAGGAUGAAGUGUGGACUCAUCCAGACCUGUCCACAUUCAAUACCUUUGGUGAUCGGACCGAGAAACAGACGACCCAGCCCAUUCUAUCUAUCAAUCAAUUGGUGACCCAAUCAAUCGAUAUUGAACCACCCAAUCAUACACCAAUCACUCUAGCACAUGUACACGUUCAACUGGACACCACAAUGGUAUCAUCAUCGUCGUCGGUCAUCGAACCAGUCGUGCUACCACCACUCAACAACGAUUCACUAUUUGAUUGGAUACGCUCUUUCCAAGAUAUGGAUAUAGAGUCAAGUGAUGUCCUGGCCAAGUCGUUGGAGUCUAUGGGCAUCAACUCUGUUGCAAUGGCACUAUGGGCACAUCAAAAAACAAACAUAGAUAUUCAAACAAUAGAGAAUGGAUGGACAAUAAUCUAUUUGAAUGGAUUGGAUUGGCUGGAAUUCACUCAGGCAAAGUCGAUCAGAUAA